AUGGAUAUGCAGUCUUCGAGUGACUCAACAUUGCCAAAGCCUGGCGAUCUUGUCUGGGCGAAAAUGAAGGGAUUUCCACCGUGGCCAGCGAAGGUUUUGGAGAAGGAUAAGGACACUCCAUUAUCUCGCAUUCCCGUGCUAUUUUUCGGUACUGGAGAGAAAGCUUUUAUGAAAGCAUCUGAUCUGUGCGAUUAUUAUGAAAACAAGGCACAAUAUGAAGUACCACGGAAGCAUAAGGGCUUCAAUGAGGGUGUCCAUGAGAUUCGCGUUGCUGCUGGCUUCGAAACGACCUUUGAUGCAGAUCCACUUUUUGGAGCAAGCUCAUCAAGCAAAUGUCCGUCUCCUAUGCUUUCGGGAACUAUUCAGGACAAAUCGAGAUUGGGUACUGGAAAAAUGCUAGCCGACGCUUUUUUAUCUGGAUUUGAACGGCGUCGAGCCAAUUCUGGCUCAACAAGGUCUCGGUCUAGGGCCAGUAGUUCAGCUUCUGCCUUGAAAAAGUUGCAUAAGGCUAUGCAUCGGCGGAGAUUGGAUAGUGGGAGCUCUGCUGGAUCACGACGGCUCAAAGGGAUAGCCGGCUUUAACGACACAGGCGGCUUCGAUCUUUUCGACAGUUUUCAGGGAUUAGAUGGUAAUGAUUUCAACAUGUUGGAUGGUGGACUUAAUUUGCUUGCAAACGACGACGCAAGAUCAAGCCGAUCAAAACGAUCACGUGCUUCAUCGAAACUCUAUGAUGAUUUCCUUCUCAAUGGCUUUGGCACAAGAUCGCGGCAUCGCUCGGGAAGCGCGAGCGAAGUCGGGAGGAGAAGCAGAUUAAUAUCUGGAGUUUCGGACGUGUUCGAUGAGUUACUGUUUAAUGGGGAAUUGAAUUUACAACAAGCUGCUGAGCAACUCUUGCACACACUGGAUGAGCUUCCUUCAGAAGGCAGUGAGGCACGACCCGGUACACCAGAAGCUCCGGCACCCCUUCCUGGUCCUGCUCUAUUUUGCACAGCCUGCGGUUGUGAGUGCAAGCUAACUGAUGGAAAGUGGAGGUGCACAUCGAAGUUCUGCAGAAAAAUACAUGAGCCUGAUAGCUAUUCUGAGCAGAAGCGAGAACCAGCGCAAUCCUCUGGUCCUCUAACCGCAACUUCUCCAGUGGUUAAAACUGAGGAGAAACCUCUGAGUAAACCUGUUGUAGGGAGUGAUGAGAAGUGCCCAAAGGUUUCACAGGGUAAGAUGAGGAUGAGAACGGAAGUCAUGGUAAAAGAAGAAGAUGAGGAAGAGCAUGUGGAGUCGUCGCCUUCCAAUGCAAGAUCAGCUAUAAGCCUCAGAAGGCGGCAGAUUACCUCUCCAGUGAGAAAGAGAGCUAAGAAAGAGGAACCAGCUGAAAGCAGUUGUCCAACAUCUUCGAAGGAACCUAGGAACAAGACGAAGGCGUUGACUCCACCUCGUGAGCUGUCGUUGUUUUCUCCGGUGUCUCCCCAAAAAUCUACUACUGCAAAUGUAGUGCAAAAUAAUCCCGAUCAAAGGCGGCACAUACGGGGUACUGGGCGGCCAAGGCAGUACAAAGUUGAAAAAACACCUGUGAUGGGACCCAAUGGUCAACGACAGUGUACAUUUUGUAGUGGGCAAGUCAGACCUCAAAUGUGUGGUAGUAAUAAACACAGGUGGCGCUGUGUGGACAAGAAAUGUCGAAAAUGGUAUGGCUGGGUGAAAAGCCAUGAAGAAAUACCGAGGGAUUUGGGCAGAAAAGGCAGAUGGAAUCUCGCUGCUCGCACAAAGAAGCCGAUAAUCUCUUCAUCUCGUAAAAGCAAAGAGGAAGAAGAUACAGGACCAGCAUCGCUUUCAUCACAAGCUGAAGCAGCAUUAGCCGCUGCAGAGAUACAAUCUAUGCGAAGUGAUAAUACUAGUGAUCCGAUUACGGUGGUAGUGGAACAGAAUGUUCAGGAAGUCAAGAAGAAGCUUGGACGUCCGCCUAAGGAACAUGGUUUGAAGAUCCGGCUAAAAGGAGUGAAGGAAAAGAAGGAACAGGACACACGUCAAAAGAGAAAGUACGUUCGACGGCGUGACAAAAUUACGGGUGCUCCAAUAAAUAGUGUUUUGCACAGUCGUUCGCUCGAUCCGGGAGAGCCAAACCCUGUUCCGAUACCUCUCACUGAGGCUGAAAAGAAUUACGAGCCGUGUGCUAUAGAAAAACGAGUUCGAUGGUGGUUAAGCGAAAAGAGGCGCAUUGAUGCUAGCCCAGAAAGGAAAUUCGAAACGAAAGUUAUCGACUCCUGUGCCGCAUUUCGAAUGCUCUCGCACGCAUUUAGAGCGACAGCAGUAACACGAGCCGAUGAAGCGCAUUCAGUUGAUGGGUCUCUCGACAUUCUCAUGGAUUCGCUUAUGGGUUCUUUAGGACCUCUUCUUACCCUAGCUUCUGCCGCUUUCGAAAGUCUGAUUCCCGAUGAACUAGCCCAAAAGCUGUGGAAUUCGUCGGCCGUCCAUCUCCCGACUUUUCAAUAG